CUGGCUCGACACCCAAAAAGCCCUGUGACCGCAAGGCAACAAACUGAAGAUCCCAAGUCACUGGAUACCGUGGACUUUCCUUUGUACAGGAACUGGAGAUUUCUUCAAACCCCAGCGAGGCCCCAACUCACCGACUGACUCUCUCUCUCACUCUCUCUCUCACUCUCUCACUCUCUAAAACGUGGUGCUGAGUUUCUCCAGGGCAUUAUUUCUCCCUCUCUCUCUCUCUCUCUCUCUCUCCCUCUCUCUCCCCUCCUCUCUCUCCCCCUCUGUGAUCAUGUCUUGGGUUCACAUCUCCACGAUUGUCUGCACUUUAGCUGCGAUCUGUGCCUCGGUUCUCGGGCAACUCCAAACCCGCAGCUGCACAGAAGUUAGACAAGUUUACAGCUCCAAAGGGUUCAACGACGUCCCUCAUCAAGAAAUAUCUGGAGAACACCUAAAAGUAUGUCCCCAAGGCUACACCUGCUGCACUUCAGAAAUGGAGGAAAAGCUCAGCCAUCAAAGUCAGCAUGAUUUCAGACAUGCUGUGAUGGAAACUAGUGACAAACUACAAUCAACAUUUGCAUCUAGAUAUAGAAAGUUUGAUGAAUUCUUCACAGAGCUGCUGGAAAAUGCACAGAAAUCCUUGAAUGACAUGUUUGUACGAACUUAUGGCCUCCUGUAUAUGCAAAACUCUGAAGUGUUCCAGGAUCUAUUUAAGGAGCUAAAAAGGUACUACAUGACUGGAAACGUAAACCUGGAAGAGAUGCUGAAUGACUUCUGGGCACGUCUUCUAGAACGCAUGUUUCAGCUGGUAAAUCCUCAGUACCAUUUUACCGAAGGGUACCUGGACUGUGUUAGCAAAUACACCGAGCAACUAAAACCAUUUGGAGACGUACCUCGCAAGUUGAAGCUUCAAGUGACGCGAGCAUUCAUUGCUGCUCGUUACUUUGCACAAGGUCUUGCUGCUGCACGUGAUGUAGUGAGCAAAGUGUCUGCAGUCAAUCCAACUGACGAGUGCGUGCAAGCGCUGUUGAAGAUGAUGUAUUGUCCGCACUGCAGUGGGUUGCUUACUGUGAAACCCUGCAACAACUAUUGCCUCAAUGUCAUGAAGGGCUGCUUGGCUAAUCAGGCGGAUCUGGACACCGAGUGGAACAACUUCAUUGAUGCGAUGUUGAUGGUGGCAGAAAGACUGGAAGGCCCCUUCAAUAUUGAAUCAGUCAUGGAUCCCAUUGAUGUAAAGAUUUCGGAUGCAAUUAUGAACAUGCAGGAUAACAGCAUGCAAGUGUCCCAAAAGGUGUUUCAGGGAUGUGGGAAACCCAAGCCAGUUUCAUUGAGCCGGCCAUCGCGAGCAGUUUCUGACGGCUUUAAUGCCCGUUUCAGACCAUAUAGUCCCGAGGAGCGUCCCACCACAGCAGCUGGGACAAGCCUGGAUAGACUGGUGACAAAUGUGAAAGCAAAACUUAAGCAGGCAAAGAAGUUCUGGUCCACCCUUCCAAAUAACAUCUGCAGUCACAAUAUCUCAGCUAGCACUGUUGAGGAGGACGAAUGUUGGAACGGCAGUAACAAGAGCAGGUACACGUUUUCAGUGACUGGCAAUGGCCUAGCAAGUCAGAUCAACAACCCAGCUGUAAUUGUGGACAUCACCAAACCAGACAUUGUGAUUCGCCGUAACAUUAUGGUGCUCCGGACAGUAACUAAUAAAUUGAAGAAUGCAUAUAAUGGAAACGAUGUCGAUUUUCAAGACACCGGUGAUGAAAGCAGUGGUGAGGAGAGUGGAAGCGGUUGCUUUGGUACCGAUUGCCAUUUAGAUUUUGACUUCACCAGUACCGAUGUACCUCUGGUCCGAAUGCCCUUAAAGCCCAAGAGAAUCAAUCCCAACAAAAUGGAUCCCAAAGACAUUGACGACGACAAAAACGGUUCCGACAGCAAUGUCGCUUGCAGCAAUGGUCCCGCUCAGCUCGUCCUGCUCAUCAGCUGUUUGGUGACGGUCUUACAGAGACAAUUGAGAUAAUCGCAGAAGGUGCAGAGAAACUUUGCACUUGCUCUUUUUUUAAAAAAAAUGAAACUAUUCUUCUCACUCGUACCAUCCGGUGACUUUGCCUUUAAUUUUAAAUUUGUUUUUAAAGUCACAACAAUAUAUGGUUGCUACUUUUCUGAUAAAAGUGCUUCAAAUGUAUUUAGGCUGCCAUUGGUAUCACUGUAUCCGUAUGACAGUAUGGUUCUUCACUCAGUACACCUGAACACAGGGCUUUUACAUUUUAAGAUGUGGUCACUAUAGCACACGAAUCUUUAAUGCAGUUGCGUGUUCAUUUUUUUUAUAAGAACAAAUCAUUCUACCUGUUAUCUUGUGCUACCACAUUAAAGAAAGCCUGGACCAUAUGCAAGAAAAUCUUAACAGUGCAUUGAAAAAUUGUGUCAUGGUGAAUAUCUGUACAGAAGCAAGCUUAUUUAUCUUGGUAUCUUGGAAUAAUGCAGCACCUAUUGAUGCACAAAAGUAACUGUUUUAUGUAGUUAAGGUUUUAUUACCUGUGCUAGGCAAAACUGGUAUAAGUUGAAGUAGAAGUUGUUAUUUUGGUUAUAUAGUUGCACAGAGUGAUUAGAAGUAUGAAUGUUACACCAGUUGAUAAAGAAAUCUGUUACUUAACCUUCCAGCAGCAUUUACACGUAUGGAAAGAGGCGACAGGAAAAUUUUAGUUGGGGUUCCUGGCUGGAAUUUGGCACUGUACGAACUUCAAUGUUGGCUCGAGUACAGUGAUUUUCAUAUUUCCUAGCAUAGAAAUACAUAAGAAAAGACAUAGCUUUUUUAUAAAUUGUUGACGUGUGCUCGAUCUGCCCAGUGCACUGGGUUUCAGGAUCUGACAGAAAGUAGGGAAUUUCCUGCACUUCUUCCCACAGUUACAGCCAUCGGGUUCCUCUUGGAUUUAAUUUCCAGCCUAAAGACUGUAACAUUAUCGUCUUCUUUUGAUUCCAGCUUUUGUUGUAAUGUUAAUUAUAUUUUUAUAUCAGAAUUUAAACUACUUGUAAUCUAGCUCAGGGUCAAUGAAUAUUUUCCAAAAUUCUGCUCCAUAAAUUUUGACAAAUAGUACAGUCCACAGAAGAUCGAAACCAUACAUAUUUGCUGUUUAUACAACAUCCUGGAGGUUCUCAUUCAUUAGGAGCAACUGUUUAAAUAGUUUUUUUGUGUGUGGGAAGAAUGGUUUGUAUAUAGCUAACUAGCUGCUCAUUGCUUAGCUGUGCCAACUUGAGGCUUUGAAAGAUACACUGUUCCUUUGGAUGUCGUAGAAUUUAUUUUUGGCUUUCAGACCGUUUUCUUUUCUACAAGGGGGGGAAAAAAAAAUACAACGGUGUCUGAAAUGUAUGCACAUUGGCUGAAAUUCAGCUGGCAGGCCAGCAAAGAAAGCACAUGGUUGAAAAACAAAGACACAGCAUCCAUCCAGGGAACAGCCAAAUUUUUUUCCAAAACCUCAUCUUUUGGCUUGUGUGUUCAUUUGUAAAUUCUGCUUUCAGUCAUCUUUCCGCCCCCCUCCCCUCCCAUUACAUAUUUCAAAGCCUUAUCACAUCAUUUCAGGAUUUAUAUAUAUUAAGACUAAUCAUUUUACUAAUUCUUGAUUGUUAGUUUUGGUUUUAAACGCCAUGCAAAAUGUCAUCGGCGGAAGUUGUGAAACGAUUCUAGUGAUUGGCGGUUUUAAUGACGGUACAGAGCCUGCGCUGUGUAAAACGUAAAUUAAGGAAUGUCAUCUUGGAUUGCCACAAAUUCUUUUGAGUAAAUAUGUGUGAAUAUCGAAUUUCUGAGUGUUUGAAUUCUUGUGUUAAACUAAAGAACCCACAAUCUGAGAUUCAUGCAACAGUUAAUCGAAUGUUCUUUCUGAAUUUUUUCCACUUUGAAAACUUUAAUAUUACUUUAGCAGUUUUUUUUAAAAAAAGCCAUGCAAAUGCAUUUGGUUGUACAAUUGGUUAGAAUUAUCUGGCAUCUGCAUUCUACAGUACUUAAGCAAACAAAUUACAUGUGGAAAUAUAUAUUGUUGUAUUGUAUCUGAAAUGGGCAUAUUUAGGAUCUUGUAAGCAAUGUUUAGAUUAACCUUUUAUACUGUACAAACUACUAUUAAAUGUUGCACCUAUUUAGUUCAACAUUUAACUAAAUAAACAUUGUCAGAUUAAGUAGCUUCUCCAGGUCAUCUCAUCCCAGAAGUCAACAUUCACAUUUCACCAAGAAUAUUUAAUAAUAAAAGCUACCAGUACUUGAAA